AUUUUAAAUUAUAUGUACUGAGUGAAGGAUUUAUCUGCUUACUUACUUAAGUUUGUCCACACGCACAAUGGCUUGUGGCGGAGCUGUGCCUCUGUUGCUGCUCGGACUCUUUCACACAGGCCUAACAGGGAUGAUACAGACCCAGCAGACUGUCAUGGCAGCGUUAGGACAGGAGGCGCUUUUCAACUGUCGACUCACACAAUCCAAAGAUGUUCUUCAAGUUACCUGGCAGAGGCUUUUGCCUGAUGAGGAAAAGAAUCUUGCUACUUAUAACAAAAAGUUUGGAGCCAAAGUCAAUCCUCCCUUUCAGGGUAAAGUGGAGUUUGAGUCUGUCGGACUGCAGAACUGCUCCAUCGUCAUCAGGAAGGUGACGACACAGGACGAGAGCUGCUAUCGCUGUUUGUUUAACACCUAUCCUGAUGGAGCCCUCACUGCCCGCACCUGCCUGACAGUCUAUGAGCAGUACGAGCCCGUCCUGCACGUCCGCAGAUCAAACUCCUCUGAAGAGCCUCUUGUGUCCUGCUCGGCCACAGGACGUCCUGCACCAGCAGUAACACUGAUCUUCCCUGAACGGGACCUCAACUCUUCACAGAGCAACACUGUCAUGGUCACCAACCCCAACGGUACAGCCACUGUCACUGCCACCGCUACACUGCCAGGUUUCCAUGGUAACGACACUCGGGCCAGCUGUGAGGUGCGACUGUCCUCUGGAGCUGUGAGGAAGUUGUUUACAACGAUCCCCAAAGACAGUCAGAGCUCAGCUGCUGGUUCAAAAAUGGACUCUGGAACAGAUGAAAGAAGCUUCAGUCUCACUGUGAUCAGUGCGGUGACUGCUGCUGUUUUUGCUGUAAUCAUCAUUGUUGUAGUCUUCAUCCUGCAAAACCGAAAGAGCAGGUCGCACAAGGAGCCUGAGAAGAACAUGACCCUCCAAACACCAACCCGAGAGCCUCAAGAGACCAAAGUGCCUCUAUUCACACAUGAGAACGAACAGAUCAGGCAGCGGUCGUCAGAGAAGAAGGAAAGCCAAACCACUGUCUCAAAACCAUCAUUCCCCGCAUGCAGGUCACUCAGGUUUUGAUUGGAUUCAAAGUGAUUCUGUGAUGUCAAAACAACUUAUUGCACUUAAAGUAACGAUGUUCAUCAAUGUACCAAUGUCUACAUUUUGCAGCAUAGCCUCUGAAAUGUUUCAGACAUAGACAAGUUAUUAAUUCAAUCUUAAGAUUGUUUUUCAAAGAGGAUGUCUUGGAUUUUGCAAAUGAAAUAUGGAGUUUUUAUUUUACUGCUGCAUUUAUUUUAUGAGCCUUGCUUUUCCACAUCAAAGUACAUUAUGUUUUUAAUCUUCAUGACUGUAAAUGUUUAGCUAUAACACAGAUUAUCCCAUUGAAUCAUCAUUUAGGUGGAUUGGCAGAUUAAGAUUUUUGUCAAAACUGUGAAAGCCGUAUGUUUGUUUUUAUCUGUCUGGUUUAGAUAUCACUGAGCUUCCCUUGCUGCAUUCUUGUGAUUUUAUGUUUUUGACCUUGUGUAACAUAUUUCCAUGUCUCCCUUUCGAGGUUUAGUGCUUUUUCCUUACACCGUUUGACUUUUGCACUGAAAAUUACGUGUUAUGUAAAUGUUUUUUCUGUCUUAUUUUAUUUUCAGUUUCCCUCUUGCUGCUUUUGGUGUCAUGAACUGUUUUAUAAGUUGUGGCACUUUUGUAAUAUAUUUUCUUCAUGUAAAUAUUUUGCAUUAUUUUUGUAUUGAUAAUACAUGCAGCUAUCAAAUCCA